AUCGAAUUCACAAUCAAAACAUUUCGUUCCAAAAUGUCAGGAAGAGGGAAAGGAGGGAAGGGUUUGGGAAAGGGAGGAGCGAAGAGACACAGGAAGGUGUUGAGAGAUAAUAUUCAAGGUAUUACUAAACCAGCUAUCAGAAGAUUAGCCAGGAGAGGUGGUGUUAAACGUAUCAGUGGUUUGAUUUAUGAAGAGACUCGAGGUGUUCUCAAGAUCUUUCUUGAGAAUGUGAUUCGUGAUGCUGUUACCUACACUGAACAUGCUCGAAGAAAGACUGUCACUGCUAUGGAUGUUGUUUAUGCUCUCAAGAGACAGGGAAGAACUCUUUAUGGAUUUGGGGGUUAGGGUUUGCUCCUGGGUAUUAUUGUAAAGGAUGGUGAAUUAACUUGGGUUUUCAAUUGAAGCAGUUUCUAGCUGUGGGUAGUUCGUUUUUCUUUUUCAUUUUGUUGAUGAUGUAAUGGCGCCUUAAAAUUCAAUGAAAGAUCUGAAAAUUCAUCAUCUCUCUUUGAUGCGAAUGUUAA